AAGGAAAGCAAGGAGGACUGAGCUGAGCGCGAGGCUCGGCGGGGUUCACUUACGCGCAACACGUGUGUGUGCUCGUGUGCGUGCACGAUCGGACAAAGGCUCGCGAGGAUGGAUCUGCUGUGCUGUGAGACGACGUCGCCCGCCGAGUGCACGGCUUACGCCGAUCCGGCCCUCCUCGCGGAUGACAGGAUGCUGCACAAUCUCCUCAGAAGUGAGGAGAGGUACGCGCCGUCCUCGUCGUACUUUGGCUGCGUGCAAAGGGAUAUCUCGCCCCUCAUGCGGAAAGUCGUCGCCGAGUGGAUGCUGGAGGUAUGCGAGGAGAAAAAGUGCCAGGAGGAGGUGUUUCCGCUGUCGAUGAACUACGUGGACAGGUUCCUCAGCAUCUGCCCCAUCAGGAAGUCGCAGCUACAGCUACUCGGGACCGCCUGCCUCUUGCUCGCCUCGAAGCUCAGGGAGCCAAGGCCCCUCUCAGCCAACGUUCUCGUCUUCUACACCGACAACUCCAUCACGCUCGAUGACCUCUGGAGGUGGGAGCAGCUGGUGGUGUCGAAGCUCAAGUGGGACCUGUCAGCGGUCACGCCCGGCGACUUUCUCCUCUACAUCCUCGCGCGCCUGCCCAUCGACCCGCGUUCCUGGGACACGGGGAUGGUGCUGAGGCACGCGCAGACCUUCAUCGCACUUAGCGCCAGAGAGUACAAGUUUUCCAUGUACACGCCGAGCAUGAUUGCCGCGGCAUCGGUGGCCGCGGCCCUCCACGGCCUUGACUGGACCGGCAAGAGCGGCUACAGUCUCGCGUGGCUACUCCACAAGCUCACGCGCAUCACCGCCAUCGAGCAGGACUACCUUCAGAGUUGCCUCGAGCAGAUCGAGGAAAUGGUGCGCAGCGGUAGUGGCGGCGGCGGUGGCGGUGGCGGCGUAGGUGUAAGUCAAGGCGAUUACCAGGGCGAAGCCAUGUCAACGAUGGGAGUGCAGCAGCGACAGCUGGGGGACCAGGACACAACGUCCCAGGACAAGAUAAUGGAGCACGAGAAGGCGGGCACACCGACGGACGUCAGGGAUGUCCAUUUUUGAGGAAAGACGGUGACGGCGGCGAUCGUCCCGCGACCCAAGUGCGACAAACCGAGCGAACGGAGAUAGGGGACGGGCGAGGGCCCGGAGAAGAGGACGAAAACGAAAAUGGGGAUGUGAAGAAUACGCCUCCUGAUGAAUGAGAGUCGAGGAAUGC